AUGAAUACACAACACAUUGGCGACGAGGAAGAGAUCCGAACUACUGAACAGGUAGAAGAAAUCGAACUGCCAGAAACAGCAGAAGAAAUCGAACAGCCAGAAACGGCAGAAGAAAAUAAACAGCCAGAACCGGCAGAGAGUUCACAAGAGAUGGAACGAUUGUUACCCGCACCCGCACUGUUCAAUAUUGAUGCUGCAGAUCUUUACAGCGAGUGGAAAAACUGGGUCAGUGCGUUUGAAAUCUACGCCACUGCAUCAGACUUGCAGAAAAAGGCAGAUCCCGUUCAGAGAGCGACAAUGCUACACUGCCUUGGCCCUUCAGUUCAACACAUCUUCAACACUCUCCCAGGUGAACACAAAACUGUUGAGGAAGCAAAGACCACCCUGAACGAAUAUUUCGCUCCAAAAUGCAACAUAGUUGCAAAACAAAACAAAUUCAGAUCGCAAGCACAAAAGGCAGAUGAGUCCAUCGACGCUUGUCUAACAAGCUUGAGAGACAAAGGCUUCUCCAGAAAAGAAGACCUGCAGCUUGCCAAGACAGUAACGAUAGCUCAUAACGCAGAGACCACCGUUCAAGAAGCACGACUACUUUCUCAAGGCUCCAAAGAGAACCCAAUCACCAUUGACCGCGUGGGUACCUCUAGCAGACCACCAGUGAAGCGCUUCAACUGCUACAGAUGUGGUGGCACGGAUGGUCAUAGCCCAAGUGAAUGCGGUGUGCUUAAAUCCACUUGCAACAACUGCAAAAAGGUGGGACACCUACAACGAGUUUGUCGCUCCAAGCCUAAAACGGCACAGAUGAAAGGAAAGAAAUGGAAAGGGAAGAAACCUCAACAAAUGAAGGUUCGUAGCCUCUCAUCCAACAAACCUGCUAACUGGCUUGUAGACAGUUCAGGUGAGGAUAGCGAAGAGCCAGUACUCUUCAUGAACAAUGUGGACAACUCCAUCACAGCUAUGAUAAACAAACGAAAAACCAAAAUGAUCGUGGACACAGGCUGUAAGUACUAUAUAAUUUCCUCUCAUUUACAUAAAAUGCAAUUCAAGAACUGUGAACUGAAAGAAACUCGAAAGCGUUUUACCGCGUAUGGACAAGACGAGGCGUUAAUCUCUAAGGGUUAUUUUUACACUGUCAUAAGUAUUGGCCACAAGGCCAUUAACUCAAAAGUGUACGUAAUAGAGGGUAAGGCAGAAUCAUUACUAGGAAGAGAUUCUAGUUUCAUGCUAGAAAUCCUUACCCAAGUAAAUUCAGUCGGUCAGACUAGUAAGCUUGAUUCCUUGCUCCUAGAGUACGAUGAUGUUUUUCAAGGAUUAGUAAAGGUUACAAAUUUUGAACACAAAAUAGCUAUUGACACUGAGGUCAAACCCGUAAGUCAACACCUAAGGCGCAUACCUGUCAGUCAAAUAGAAGCAGUUAACAAUGAACUUGACACGAUGCUAGGAGGAGAUAUAAUUGAAGAGGUGACAGAAGCAAGUCCCUGGGUCUCAAAUUUAGUUAUUGUUCCCAAAAAGUCGGGUGACCUUAGAGUAUGUUGCGAUCUCAGAGAGGUCAAUAAGGCCAUUAUUAGAGAACGAUAUGUUCUACCUAAGAUCGAGGAUACCUUGCAUGCUUUGCAUGGUUCUAAAUACUUCGCUAAGAUUGACGCCAAAAGUGGGUUUUUUCAAUUACCGCUAGCUGAAGAGUCGCGUUAUGUCACCAUGUUUAUUACGCCUCGUGGUUGUUACCGAUUUAAGCGAACUCCUUUCGGUCUCAGCGACGCGAGCGAAGCGUUCCAGAGAAUGAUGGAUAAAAUUUUGUUUGGCAUCCAGGGUGUCCGCAUUUCGGUCGAUGAUAUAAUUACCUAUGGCAAGACAAUGGCUGAACUCACUCAGCGGAUCUGCAAAGUUUUCAAUCGAUGCCGUAAGCACAACCUCAAGCUCAAUCGUAGCAAGUGUGAAUUUGGGCAUAUCGCAGGCAACGCUAACACAGCAGAUUCGUUGUUGCGUUUGCCGUCUAAUCAAGACGAUUUUUCGGAUUCUGGUUUCGUUUGUGAAGACUACAUAAGAUUUGUUUUCACAUCAAAUGUGUCAGACCUUCAGGCUGUCACCCUCACUGACAUACAAUCCAAAACUAGCAAAGACAUCACGCUGUCCCAAUCACUUGUUCAAGUUCAAAGCGGAAAAUGGUUGUUGACAGGUGAUCUCAAACCAUAUGGCGCAAUAAAAGACGAAUUGUCUAAUUACGAAAGGAAUUGUUCUCCGAGGAAACGGAAUUGUAGUGCCACAGUCAUUGCGAAAAAACAUUCUGAAAUUAGCACACGAGACUCAUAA